UCGUGAUAACGACGCGAUAACGACAUCGCACGUGUUUGAGGUUAUGUUAUGUUUUGGAAAAAGGUUUUCGCGAAUCCGAAAGGUAAUAAUUUCAUCCCGUUUACCGCCACCGCGGUCCAAAAUUCGGGAUUCGCGUUGUCAUCGUCGUCGUGCCGUACUCGUUUCUCGUUUCGUCUCGGCUGCCAGGAAAUGGAUUUGAAGAGCUUAAAGGACCGACCGCUGUUUGCCGUCGUCGGGUGUACGGGCACGGGGAAAACGAAACUCGGUGUGAGGCUAGCUCAGGAGCUGGGCGGCGAAGUCGUAUCAGCCGAUUCAAUUCAAGUCUACAAAGGUCUUGACGUGGCCACCAAUAAGGCUACCAGGGAAGAGAUGGACGGAGUCCCGCACCACAUGAUGGGUACCGUGGAUUGGCGCGACGAGUGUAACGUACACCAGUACAGAAAUGAAGCUCUAAAAAUUAUAAAAGACAUAUUCUCCAGAGGAAAAGUUCCGGUGGUGGUCGGCGGCACAUCGUACUACAUUGAAUCAAUCAUCUACGAUAACCUGGUACAGGGAUCCGCCGACGGGGAACCUGAACCGGAUGUGGCGGACGACGAAGACGAGCAGGACGACGACGAGCAAGACGAUGACGGCGAUGACUUGUCUGUGGGCGCUUUUCGCGAGUACGCCGGUUUUCGGAACGUUAACGACGUUCCGACGGUUGUGACUGUGGCCGGGGCCAGCCGCUUGUACGCAGACGCGUUGGCCGAGGCUGUCAGGUUCGCGCAAACCAUGACGGCCAUCGGCCGGCUACCGUUCCGGCGGUACAGGAACACGUUCGUCGGUGUAGGCGACGGGGAUGACAUACGGGUGGCGGAAACAUGGCCACCGACGGUGGCCGAAUGUGAGACGGCCGCGUUGUACGCGCACGGUGUCCGCGUGCUCGACGCUGUGGCCAGAGCAGUCGGCCAGACCGAUGGUGUACCGGAUGUCUGGUACGAAGUGACGGCCACGGACGUGACGGUUGGCCACCGCGAGCGGUAUGGGUUUGCUGACGUACAGUCCAGGCUGGACAAUAUCAUCUUAACGCUGGUGAAAACAGCGGCUUUGGAAGUGGACGGAAAUGUUCAGGCUGCCUUGUGCCGGGCGCACGCCGAGCUGCAGAUGCGGACGCAACGGCUGGCGCUGGCUCUGUUGGUCGACCAAGAACGGACGGCCGUGGAUCUGCUGACGCCGACUGCCCUCAAGGCGCACGCCGCGUACUUUGACCCGGUGGCGGCCAGCGCGCUCCAUCCGCACAAUACUCGCAAGGUUUUUAGGACUAUACAGAUCUAUUUGGUGCAAGGCAAACAAAAGAGCAAGCUGUUUGAGGAACAGAGAACCCGGGUGAGCGGAUCCGAUGUACCAGUGGUUGCUCUGCGGUUCAAAGAAGUGCACAUGAUGUGGCUAACAUGUGACGCGGACGUUUUAAACAGGCGGCUAGAAAAACGUACGGAUGAGAUGGUCGAACGGGGAUUGAUCGACGAGCUUUGCCAGUUCAAAAACGAACUUUCCAAAAUUACCGGAACAGACAACUUCAAUUUGGAUUUUACAAAGGGCGUGUUGCAGUGCAUAGGUCUGAAACAGUUCCAGCAGUACCUGGAGCUACCGGUCGACAACCGUAAUACCGAGGUUGGCUGUAAAUGUUUGGAGGAUGCGCUCGUCGCUAUGAAGUACAUGACUAAAAAGUACGCCAGACGGCAGAUACGGUGGAUCAACAACCGUUUCCUCAAGCCCAAUGACAAACAGGCCGUCUCGGUGUACCGACUAGACUGCACCGACCUCGGGGAGUGGCAGCGACUAAGCGACCAGGCUGUGGACUUGGCGCAGGUUGUGUUGGGCAGGAAACCUCGCGGUCAACACACGCUGGAGCCGAUUGACAUCAGUGACCAGAAAAUCAUUUUACCCGUGUACGGCGACUAUUAUUGCGAAGACUGUUCCAGACCGUUUUCCAAUGACAUACAGUACAAUAUCCAUAUGGGUUCAAAGAAACAUGUUAAAGUGAUGAUGAAACGUAAACGAAAACUUCAGGACACAAAUUUACACAACGACAGCGACAAAGAGAAAAAAUUGUACGCUCAUAGUAAAACAUAGGUUAAUUAAAUUAAAUUGUUACCAGUUAGUUAUAAUGUGAUGAUGUUAUAAACAAUAUUUUAAUGUAUAGAUUUUUAAUACUGUAAAAUAAUUAAAAUGACUGAAAAAGUGUAUGACUUUUGGGUUUGAUAAAGCUCUAGACUAUAUAAGCACAGGGUUGAUGUUGAAAUAUUUGUCUUAUUAUGUUAAUGUAUAAGAUCAAGACUGAUUAUAGAUUUUAGUGAAAUAAACAAGCUGUUUUAUAAU